CCAUAAAUGCCCCACCUCUUUAAACGAACACAGCCAACACAGAGCGGAGGAAGGAAUUUUGAUAGUGAGAGAUGGAGAAAGAGGAAUUGUGCAGAAAGAAGAAUCAGUGAUUAGAGAUAAUCAAAAUUGAGCACAGCAGAAUGGAAUGUGAUUUCUUUGAUUUCAUGUAUCACUCUUCAUUUUCUAUUUUUAGGUUUAUUUUGUGGCCAUAAAAUUUAUGAAAGUUCUGCUUGUAUUUUGAUUUUUUGGCUAUUUUGUUUUUUAGGGUAACAUGAAUUAAUCUAGGGUUGUUGUAAGUUGUCAGUGUUCUUCAGGGUUACUUCAUACACAUUUUCUAUGAGGAUGUUUGAUGAUUGAUUAAAGUUCAGUAAUGAGGUUGAAAGGCUUUGAUAAGGGAGUGGAUCAUGAUUGUUUCCUUUAGGAUAGUAAGAAGACAAGUGGUCGUGGUGAAGAGGGCUUUGGUCGAUUUGUGGCAGCUUGCAUUUUCAUAUCAAGUUAAUCCUUUAGCCGCUGCUGAACCACUCGCUGCUGCAACACGUCAAGAUCAGUGAUGAAGUUGUUGAUCAAGGAACAACAAAUCAUUAAUUUAGCUGAUUAAUCAAGUCACAACCUCACAAUAUCUCGUUAACAAGGAUUGUAGAACAUCAUCCGUUACGAUAUAACAAAGUUUGAGGCAGUCAACCUUCUAUUAGAGGAAAAUAUUACUCUUCUCAUUAUUUAAGGAUCUUAUACUUGAGAAUAUGUCGAAAGUGAAAACCAAUUUGGACUUAAUCCAAUGGCUCGGACAUGACGUGUCACUUAAAGUUUUCUCCUAUUUGGAUAGUUCUCGUGAUCUUAUUCGUGCAUCUGCUGUUUCUACUUCUUGGAAUGAUUUUGUUAUUGAAAAUGGCCUCUGCAAGCAACUUUGCUUGAUAAUGAUUCCUGAAAUAUCUGGUGUUGUUGGAAGCAUUGAGGUUGACAACUUGUUUGAAGUUGAUGGCAACAAGCUGGGGUAUUAUUCAGAAAAACGGGAGCGUCUUAAUAGAAAUGCCCAUAAUCAAAGCCCACAUUCUGCACCCUGUUUCUAUCAAAAUCAUAGAGUCUAUGCACUCCUAGCUUUUGGUCUAAUUCCUAUGAACAACUGCAUCUCACAAGCCAUCUGUGCAUCCAGCACAAAUGAUAACAUAAGAGAACGCCUUAGAAAUACGUUGGAGCCUAGGGAUAUUACUGAACAUGAGCCAUCAUAUUGGUCAAGUAUAGGGCUAAGCGAUCCUUCUGUUACCGAGACUUUGCUUUAUCGGCUACAUUCCAAGAUAUGUCUUGUCACAGAGAUUCAUGUCCAAGCAUUCCAAGAUUAUUUUAAUGAAGGCUUCCCUAUAUAUUCAGCUAAAGCUAUCCAAUUUAGAUUGAGCUGGGCAAGUGACCCCACUAGGCAUGGCAUACCUUAUACUUCUCCUGUAUUUCCAAUGUCUCAGGUACAUUCCCGAGCUUGUCUACUGAUAGAGAUGGCAACGGUUCCCGAGCCGAAGCGGAAGACCUGUUCCUACAGUUUCCACCGUGAGCCGUUGACUCCACUAGUUGAGUUGGGUAGUCUCGUGACAGACGAUCGACUGAAGAGUUUUGUUGGGCGGUACGGAGAUAUCUUGACAGUAUUGAAGACAGUAGUAGAUCCAGUGCCUCUGCAGACACUACUUCAGUUUUAUGACCCAGAGCUUCAUUGUUUCACUUUCCAGGAUUAUCAGUUGGCGCCUACUCUCGAGGAGUACUCUAUUCUGUUGAGUGUUCCUAUCCAGCAUCAGGUUCCUUUCUUGGAUGUGCCCAAGGAGGUUGAUUUCAGAGUUGUUGCCAGAGCUCUCCAUUUGGGUAUCAAGGAAGUCAGUGAUAGUUGGAAGUCCAGUGGGGAUGUCGUAGGAUUGCCUUUGAAGUUUCUGUUGAGGGUAGCUAGAUGUGAAGCCGAGAAGGGGAAUUGGGAAGUUUUUCAUGCACAGCUUGCCACCAUGAUCUAUGGGAUUGUCCUAUUUCCCAGUAUGCCGAAUUUUGUUGACCAUGCAGCUAUCAGUAUCUUCAUUGGAGGGAAUCCAGUCCCUACCCUGUUAGCAGACACUUACUAUGCUAUUCACAGUAGGCAUGGUAAGGGUGGAGCCAUCAGGUGCUGUCUACCUCUUCUGUUCAAAUGGUUCAUGUCUCUUUUGCCAGUCAGUGGACCUUUUGUGGAUGCUCAGAGCACGCAUAAAUGGACUCAGAGGGUUAUGUCUCUUACCUCCUAUGAUAUCAGGUGGCAAUCUUACCGGAUGGAUGUGCGUAACGUCAUUAUGAGCUGUGGAGGAUUCCGUAAUGUGCCACUCAUAGGGACUAGGGGUUGCAUCAAUUACAACCCAGUUCUUUCUCUUCGCCAGUUGGGGUUUGUGAUGAGUAGAAGACCACUCGAAGCAGAGAUAGCUGAGAGUUUUUGUUUUGAGAAGAAGGAUGACCCUGUUAGGUUGGAGCAGAUUGGAAGAGCUUGGAAGUCCAUUGGUGUCAGAGAUGGAUCCGUCUUAGGGAAGAAGUUUGCCGUUGCUAUGCCCGAUUACACUGAUUGGGUCAAGGAGAGAGUAGAAACUUUGUUGUUACCCUACGAUAGGAUGGAGCCGUUGCAGGAGCAACCACCUUUGAUCCUUGCUGAGAGUGUGUCUGCGGAGCACUACAAGCAAGCCCUAAUGGAGAAUCGCCGUUUGAGAGAGAAGGAGCAAGAUACUCAUAUGGAGCUGUACAAAGCCAAAGCUGAUAAGCUGCACUUGGCCCAUCAACUCAGGGAAGUGCAAGGAGAAGAUGCUAGCAGACUAAGAGGUAAGAAGAGAUCCUACGAGGAGAUGGAGAGUAUGUUAGAUGCAGAACACCGGGAGCGCUUGAGGCUGCAGAGGGCAGAAGCCAGUUAUCAGAAGAAGAUCAGAGACUUGGAGAAGCAACUCAGAGACAAAGAUGCUCAGUUGAAGAAGGAAGUAGACUUGAGACAGGCAUCAGAGGACCACCUUGGAGGAGAAGUCUUGGAGCUGAGAAGACAGUUGAAAGAGAAGAUCACUCCUUUACCAGAUUGUUCAGAAUGCUCACUGUUGAUCGACCAGUGCCAUUACCUGAAGACCCUCAUUCCGGAAGACCGUCUGUCUUAGUUUGUAUCUCUGAUUGUAUUUUGUUGAGAAUCACCUCCAGGCUUGUUGGAUGGGAUUCAUUUGCGUGUAAGCCAUCCUUUGGAUCUUUUUGUUAAGAAUCACCUCCAGGCUUGUUGGAUGGGAUUCUUUUUCUUUUGUACGUUGUUUAUUCAGAUAUUCUGUUGACAUUGGUUGUAUGCCUUUUUACCCUUAUGUGUAUAUAAGGAUGUCAGCAUUUCCCUGCA